AUGAGGAACACAGAGAAAGAUGAGAAGCUUGGUGAGAAGUUGACUCCGGUUAAUAAGAAGAUUGAGGAUGCGAUUGAUGAGAAGUUGGAACACCACCAAAAAUCUCGCAUUGAACCCUACUCAGAUCUACGAUUUGAAACGGCGAAAAGCAAGGACAAUAUCAAGUACGACACUGCACAGGCGAAGUUAUCGGAAGACAAAACGUUGAUAGUUGCGUACAAAUCUGACACGCCGUUGGAAGGCGGCAAAAUUGCAGAUUUCUGA